UCCCCUAGUGCAUGAUCGUUGCAGCUGGUAACAAAUGUAAAUGUUUUACUGACUGGCCGUUAUAUAAUUAAAGCUAAUACAUUUGAGCAAAACAUGAUUGGUAGGCUCCAUGCGUGUGUAUCUUAUUUUUGAUGAUGCAAUUUCAUUGCAACCGAUAGCUAUGGUAAAAUUGUAGACUGUUUAAAAAUAAAACACAAAAUUCAUCAUGGUUGCUAUAGCGAAAUCUGCUGUCAAAAUCGUAGGUAGCCUAAAGCCUGGCGCUGCAUGAUCGAAUGGGCACAGCUUGCGCCGCUGAACACCCACUGGAACACCCGCUGGAACCAAGCAUGAGAAGGUGUUGGAAGCUAGCUAGCGCGAGCUGUUAGCCAACGAGGUCAUAUCGUAGACAUGUCUUGAAGAAUAACAGUCUCAUCAUGGACCUAACACCAGGGUAGACAGAAUGGCACUGUGCUGAGAGGUACCUACCAAUCAGCAGAAAACAACACUGGAGAUCAGAUGAUCUGAAACAUGAAGGGUGAGGGUUUUAACACAAGUUAAGACCAUCUCUUUUAAGGAGAUAAGGAACUAUUUUCUAUUAACUUUGUGUGUGAGGACUACAGAAAUGCCUCCUAGGCCUUCUUCUGGUGAAUUAUGGGGCAUCCAUUUGAUGCCCCCCCGGAUCUUUGUGGACUGCUUGUUGCCAAACGGGAUGAUCCUGACCCUCGAGUGCCUCCGUGAGGCUACGCUCAUCACCAUCAAACAUGAAGUGUUCAAGGAGGCCAGGAAGUACCCCCUGCAUCACCUACUACAGGAGGAGACCUCUUACAUAUUUGUCAGUGUUACGCAGGAGGCAGAGCGAGAGGAGUUCUACGAUGAAACUAGGAGACUAUGUGAUCUCAGGCUCUUUCAGCCUUUUCUGAAGGUCAUCGAACCGGUUGGUAACCGAGAGGAGAAAAUUCUGAACAGAGAAAUUGGAUUCGCAAUUGGUAUGCCUGUUUGCGAGUUUGACUUAGUAAAGGACCCUGAGGUGCAGGACUUCAGGAGGAAUAUUCUUAACGUCUGUAAGGAUUCAGUAGAACUCCGAGACGCCAAUGGACCCCAUAGUCGGGCUUUAUAUGUCUACCCUCCCAAUGUUGAAUCGACACAAGAACUUCCAAAGCACAUCCAUGGCAAACUGGACAAAGGUCAAAUCAUUGUAGUGAUCUGGGUGAUUGUCUCACCCAACAAUGACAAGCAGAAAUACACCCUGAAGAUCAACCAUGAUUGUGUGCCAGAACAGGUGAUAGCUGAGGCCAUCAGGAAGAAGACCAGGAGCAUGCUGUUGUCCCCUGAACAACUCAAGAUGUGUGUGCAGGAGUACCAGGGCAAGUACAUCCUCAAGGUGUGCGGCUGUGACGAGUACCUCCUGGAGAAAUUCCCCCUGAGUCAAUAUAAGUAUGUGAGGAGUUGCAUCAUGCUUGGCAGGAUGCCCAACCUCAUGCUGAUGGCGAAGGAUAGCCUUUAUUCUCAGUUACCCAUGGACAACUUCACCAUGCCCUCGUACGCCCGGCGCAUCUCCACCGCCACCCCGUACAUGAACGGAGAGUCCUCCACCAAGUCUCUGUGGACCAUCAACGGAACCCUGCGGAUACGAGUGCUCUGUGCCACAUAUGUCAAUGUGAACAUUCGGGAUAUAGAUAAGAUUUAUGUGCGAACCGGCAUCUACCAUGGAGGGGAGCAGAUGUGUGACAAUGUGAACACGCAGCGUGUGCCAUGCUCUAAUCCCAGGUGGAACGAGUGGCUGACCUACGACAUGUACAUUCCCGACAUCCCCCGGGCGGCCCGCCUCUGUCUCUCCAUCUGCUCUGUGAAAGGCAGGAAAGGGGCGAAGGAGGAGCACUGUCCACUGGCGUGGGGGAACGUCAACCUGUUUGACUACACUCACACCCUGGUCUCUGGUAAAAUGGCUCUGAACCUGUGGCCUGUACCCCACGGCCUGGAGGACCUACUCAACCCCAUCGGAGUCACAGGCUCCAACCCCAACAAGGAAACUCCUUGUCUAGAGCUGGAGUUUGACUACUUCAGCAGUCCUGUCAAGUUCCCAGACAUGACCACCGUGGAGGGACAUGCUAACUGGACCAUAUCCAGGGAGCUAGGUUUCAACUACUGCCAGUCAGGCCAGAGUAACAGAGUGGCGCGAGACCAUGCCUUAACGGACAGUGAUAACGAGCAGCUGAGACAGGUGUGCAACCGAGACCCCCUGUCUGAGAUCACAGAGCAGGAGAAGGACUUCCUCUGGAGGCACAGGCACUACUGUGUAAAUAUACCUGAAAUCCUGCCCAAGAUCCUGCUGGCUGUGAAGUGGAACUCCAGAGAUGAAGUAGCACAGAUGUAUUGCCUUCUGAAGGAUUGGCCAGCAAUAAAACCAGAGCAAGCCAUGGAGCUGCUGGAUUGUAACUAUCCAGACCCAAUGAUCCGUGACUUUGCUGUUCGGUGCCUUGAGAAGUACUUGACCGACGAUAAACUCUCUCAGUACCUCAUUCAGUUGGUCCAGGUUCUGAAAUAUGAGCAGUACCUUGAUAACCCACUGGUACGAUUUCUACUGAAAAAGGCCUUGACUAACCAAAGGAUAGGACACUUCUUUUUCUGGCACUUAAAGUCCGAGAUGCACAAUAAGACGGUGAGUCAGCGGUUCGGCCUGCUGCUGGAGUCCUACUGCCGGGCGUGUGGCAUGUACCUGAAGCACCUGAGCAGACAAGUGGAGGCCAUGGAGAAACUCAUCAACCUCACCGACAUUCUCAAACAGGAGAAGAAGGACGAGACUCAGAAAGUGCAGAUGAAGUUUCUGGUGGAGCAGAUGAGGAGGCCAGACUACAUGGACGCCCUGCAGAAUUUCACCUCCCCCCUCAACCCUGCACACCAGCUGGGAAACAUACGGCUUGAGGAGUGCAGAAUCAUGUCAUCUGCCAAAAGACCACUGUGGCUCAACUGGGAAAACCCUGACAUCAUGUCCGAGCUCCUCUUUCAGAACAAUGAGAUCAUAUUCAAAAACGGAGACGACCUGCGACAGGACAUGCUAACACUUCAGAUCAUCAGAAUCAUGGAGAACAUUUGGCAGAACCAGGGUCUAGACCUCAGGAUGUUGCCGUACGGCUGCAUGUCUUUAGGUGACUGUGUGGGGCUGAUCGAGGUGGUGCGGAGCUCUCACACCAUCAUGCAGAUCCAGUGUAAAGGUGGCUUGAAGGGGGCGCUACAGUUCAACAGCUCAACACUACACCAGUGGCUCAAAGACAAGAACAAGGGAGAGAUGUAUGACCUUGCCGUUGACUUGUUUACGCGAUCCUGUGCUGGGUAUUGCGUGGCGACCUUCAUCCUAGGCAUCGGUGACAGACACAACAGUAACAUAAUGGUGAAGGAUGAUGGGCAGCUUUUUCACAUAGAUUUUGGCCAUUUUCUGGAUCACAAGAAAAAGAAAUUUGGCUACAAGCGAGAGCGAGUUCCGUUUGUCCUAACUCAAGACUUCUUGAUUGUGAUCAGCAAAGGGACCCAGGAGUGCACGAAGACCAGAGAGUUUGAGAGAUUUCAGGAGAUGUGCUAUAAGGCCUACUUGGCCAUUCGUCAGCAUGCCAACCUCUUCAUCAACCUGUUCUCCAUGAUGCUGGGCUCCGGGAUGCCCGAGCUGCAGUCCUUCGAUGACAUUGCCUACAUCCGUAAAACCCUGGCCCUGGACAAGACUGAGCAGGAGGCCCUGGACUACUUCAUGAAGCAAAUGAACGACGCCCACCAUGGCGGCUGGACCACCAAGAUGGACUGGAUUUUCCACACCAUCCGCCAGCACGCGCUUAACUAAGUCCAGGCAGGACAUCCACCAGCCCUGCCCGGCCAGACACACCAGCCAGCUGUGAGUGGAACAUCCAAACCUCAUGAACUAAUGGGUGAUGCUCGACUAUCCUAUCGAGCACUUAACAAUCCAGAGUGAUUUUCGUUUUUUUUUACUGUUUUGGUUUUCCCUGCAGAAACUUACCAACUAACUCGCCUUGUCUAAAAUGGUAGGUUUUUUUGCCUYUAAUAUUUUUUUAACCUUUUGUGUGUGCUUUUCUCUUAGAAUAUAAAUCUUCUCUCUUCGAAUA